AUGGGGUGUUUUUCUGCUUGUUUCUCUUUGAAUUCAACUCAAGCAGCUAAGCUUCUAGACAGUGAUGGAGGUCUGAUCGAAAAGGUUAGGCUUCCGGUGAAAGCAGCGGAGCUGAUGCUGGAGAGGCCUGGCUAUGUCAUCUCUUCGGUUGACGUGCUCCGGCGGACUCGCCGGAUUUCGGCCUUGAAAGCCGAUGAUGAGCUUGUGGGUGGUAAAAUAUAUGUGCUGGUGGCUUUAGGGAGAAUUGGGUCCAAAGUUUCAGUGGUGGAAUUGGAGAAUUUGGAGUUGGGCUGCAAGAAUAAAGGGAAGAAGAUUGGUUCGAAGGUGCUGCCCGCGGCGGCGGAGGAAGGAAAGAAAGAGGAUAUCGGAAGUGGAAUUAGUGGUUCUGAUCAAUUGAGUUGUGGUCGUGGGAAUUGUAAGCGAUGGAAUCCCAAUUUGGAAUCGAUUUCUGAGGACUUUUGCCAUUCUUUUAGAGAGUUACAUUAG